AUGAACGGCAGCCUGUCGGUGGGCGGCUGCGGCCCCCGGGAGGACCCCGCCCGCUUCGUCCUGGUGCCGGCCGCCUACGCCGCCGCCCUGGGCCUGGGCCUGCCGGCCAACCUGGCCGCCCUGGCCGUGUUCGGCCGCGGGGAGCGGCCGGCCCGGGCCCUGCGCGUCUACCUGCUGAACCUGGCCCUGGCCGACGUCCUCUUCACCCUGACCCUGCCCUUCUGGCUGACCUACUACCUGGGCCGGGCCCACUGGCCCUUCCCCGAGCCCUCCUGCCGCCUGGCGGGGGCCGUCUACUACCUGGCCACCUACGCCGCCCUCUGCUUCAUGACCCUCAUCGGCCUGAACCGCUACUGCACCGUGCGGGGCGCCGGGCCCCGCCUGCCCCUCAACCGGGCCCGGGGCGCCCGGGCCGCCUGCGCCGCCGCCUGGCUCCUCUGCCUGGCCUGCGCCACCCCGUCCCUGGCCUCGGCCCGGGCCGUGCGGCCCGGCCCCGGGGGCUCCACCCGCUGCUUCGAGCACGGCUGGGCCGGCCGCGGCUUGGCCUACGCCACCGUGGGCUUCUUCGCGGCCUCCUUCCUGCUGGUCCUGGCGGCCUACGCGGCCCUGGCCCGGGCCCUGGCCGCCCCGCCGCCCGGCCGGGGGGUCCCCGCCGGCCCCCACCGGCGGCUGGCCCGGGCCGUGGUGCUGGGGCUGCUGCUGGUGUUCUCCGUCUGCCUGGCCCCCUACCACGCCAUCCUGGGCCCCUGGGUGGCGGGGCGGGAGGAGGAGGAGGAGGAGGGGGCGGCCGAGGGCUGCCGCCCCCCGACGACCCUCGACGUCCUGCACACCCUGAGCCUGGCCCUGCUCAGCCUCAACAGCUGCCUGGACCCCAUCGUCUACUGCUUCUCCGUGCGCCGCUUUCGGCAGGACUGCUGGCGGCUGGGCUGCGGGGGGCGGCCCGGCGGCGGGGCUGCCUCCUGA